GUUUCACAGAAAUGAGCAUCUCAGGGCUACGCAUCUCCUCUCUAACUUCUCAGAGCCGCUGAAGCUCCUCCCUGAACUCAAUCAAGAUGUGACAACAUUUAAAAAAACGACACAGAGCUUUGAAUCAUAUUGUAGUGGAGGAGCUGACAUGAUAUAAGAAAUGAACCUGGACGACGAUAGUGGCCUGUCAGUUAGUUGCGGCAACGGCAAACUGAGACAGUGGCUGAUAGAGCAAAUCGACAGCCAGAGGUAUCCUGGUCUAGUUUGGGAAAAUGAUGAAAAAUCGAUUUUUCGGAUCCCUUGGAAACACGCUGGGAAACAAGAUUAUAACAGAGAGGAGGAUGCUGCGCUCUUCAAGGCCUGGGCAAUGUUUAAAGGAAAAUACAAAGAAGGUGUGGACAAACCUGAUCCCCCCACAUGGAAAACUAGACUACGCUGUGCGCUCAAUAAAAGCAAUGACUUUGAUGAGUUGGUAGACAGGAGUCAACUGGACAUCUCUGAGCCAUACAAGGUCUACAGGAUCAUCCCAGAAGGAGCCAAAAAAGGAAUGAAGAUGGGAAACAUGGAGGAGCCAACGCCACAUGUGAAUACACUGGGAUACAUCCCUCAGUAUGGACCUCUGCACAACCAGGUGCCGGGCUACAUGGUAUCUCAGGAUCGAAGGGACUGGAGGGAUUACUCUGUGGCAGAACAAGCACCUCUUCUCCCUCAUCAUCAAAGUACACAUGCAGAACUGCAGUAUGACCAGUGCCACUACCCAUCGCCCAUCAGUCGGGCAUGGCCAGGACCACAUGCAGAAAAUGGUUUCCAGCUCUCCUUCCACACCUAUUUUGCAGAGUCACAACCACCUCUGUACACAAUGGACCACAAUCCUGCAAUCACAGAUGUCAGCCUGCAUGUGUCUUUAUACUACAGAGAGUCACUGGUGAAGGAACUCACCACCACCAGCCCUCAGGGCUGUUGUAUCAGCUCCUCUUCCUCAUCUUCUCCCUCCUCUUCCAACCGCUCCUCCCCGUGCCCGGAGGACAAAUUUCACAGUGGAGUGGAGAUGAUCACUCUUCCAUUUCCUUACCCUGAGUCUCACAGGCAGGGUGCCGAGUUGCUCCCCAAAAUACUGGAAAAGGGGGUGCGUUUGUGGAUGACGCCCGACGGCUUGUAUGCGAAGCGUCUUUGCCAGGGACGGGUCUACUGGGAGGGGCCUACGGCUCCAUAUAUGGAUAAACCAAAUAAACUGGAGAAAGAGCAGCCGUGCAAACUGUUUGACACCCAACAGUUCUUCUAUGAAUUACAAGAUUAUGUCCAUAAUGGCCGGCAUCUACCGAGAUAUCAAGUGGUGCUGUGUUUUGGAGAUGAGUAUCCUGACCCUCAGAGGUCGAGGAAGAUGAUCACAGCACAGGUGGAGCCAGUGUUUGCCAGAAAACUGGUGUGCUUCUACCAACAGAACAACGGCCACCACCUGCGAGGCUACGACUACAUCCAGGGACAGAACAUCGACUAUACUUCACAGAGACCUUUACAGCACAUUCAGGAGUGACACACACAGACCAACACACACCCACACACACCCAUAACCACACCUACAUUUCCUAUCACGUCUUGUGUGUAGUGUAAAUGGCAGGAACUGUCAGCGGCUGAGGGGCAGAGAUGGGGAAACCCUGUUUUCAUUUGCACGCCUUUUUGCCUCAGAGUCUCAUCUUGUUUUUUUUUUUUGUUUUUUUUGUUUUUUUUUUUACUUAAAGAUUUAUUGUCACAGUGUAAAGGAUGCGGUUUGAGGGAAGCUGGGUGGGGCAGAAGGCGACUUAGACAGGAAGUACUCGCAAAGGUGCACAGGAAGAGCACCCCCUCCCAGCCCUGCUGAGGUCAGAUGUUACAGAGUAAUAAAGAGAAGUGAAUAAAGACGUGUUACUUUUUCCAUUAUCAGGUGCCAGCUGAUGAUGUCGCUGUUAUUGCCUGGAUGAGUUGCACACUUAAACCCUAAUGUUGCUCCCUAAUGUUUUUAUAGUACAGGAUGUAGAAAGAAAAUGAAAUUGUAAACAUUGUGACAUUUCCAGCUCGUGUUGAACAGCUCGUGUUGAGUUUUGAAGAACAAACUUUAACAUGAAAUGAACCUCUGACCUAGUGCUGUGUAUAGAACGCUGUUUGUUUCCCAGCUGCCUUAUUUGUUCUUUUACUGAAUGUGACUGUUGUGAGAUAAAGUAAUGUUUGUGAUGCCUUCAAGCAAAAUAAUUAAAAUAAAUAAUGAUAAAUUAA